CAUACAACUGCUGCAGCGUCGCCCCUUCACAUAGUACCAGAACCAGUCGUGUCUUCUCCAUGCUGAAGCAUCACGACUUAUCGGAGAGAAUCGGUCCCACACUCACGUGCAUCACGACUUAUCGGAGAGAAUCGGUCUCACACUCACGUUCCUGUCCACACCACCCCUUCACAUAUACACAACAGCUACUAUGUAUAAUGAAUCAAAUGAAUUUCAGUCCAACUCGAACUUCCUUCACACCAUGGACAAGACAACUUCUAUAGGUAUAAUAGGUUGAUAUGAUUCAUCUAGCUGCGAGAUCGAAAUUCUUCUAGAUUUUUGUACUUAGUUGUAACAGCAGAAAAAGAAAGAAGAAAGAUCAAGAUGGCGUCCAAGCUUCCGCCGGAUUUCGUCAUCCGGCGUGCGGUGAAGAUCAAAAACAAGUAUGGCGAAGCAGACGCGUACUCGAAAGAGCUGGUCAAAACUGCGGGUGCGACAAAGUGGUUCGAGUCCAAAGUCAAAUACGACUUCGAAGACAAUAUGAAGAGGGAGGAUGCGUACUACAACAAAUACCUACAUGUUUAUCUACUUAAGUAGCUCUUUGUAUUCAUCAUCGUAGAGCUAGACAUUUUUACUUAGCUCUUUGUACUAUUCAUCUUCGUACUAGAGCUACUUUUAUGUUUAUCCACUUAGCUCUUUGUAUUCAUCAUCGUAGACAUACAACCUACGACAUGAAGAAACGGGACCACGAUGAGGAAUAGCGAACUGAUCGCCAUGAUGAGGACUCCUUAGGGAUCAGUUCUUGAUGUAUUGUUUGUUGUAUUGUUGUUGAGUAGUACCACCUAGCAAUACAGUUGAUAUAUCGUCGUUCUCGAUAUCGAGUACCAAUUUUGAUUUUAGUCACCCACGACAGGGCCACGAACUCUCCUCUGUUUCGCCUUAUAAUACCACUCCGAUUCUUCCCAAUAAGUAUAUCAACACUUAAGACGACAGGGCUAUCAACCUCCACCUUUGUACUACGAUUCCUCUUCUCAAACGACUGAAUCUUCCAUACGAAUACUCACAGGGCCAUCAACGCCGAACUCGAGAUCGCAAAUAAGGAGCUUAAGCGCCGGAGGAAGCACAGGAUGAAACUCCUCUACGAAAACGAAGCUAGGACCUAUGAAGCAGAACUUCGAGAGCUAGGUUUAGCGGUGAUCCGACGUAUGUGAAGAGCUGGUGGUUAUCGGAUUGGUAGAUUCUAGUAGAUGGAUAUAGAAAGAACUUCCGGGGAGUUGGAAAUUUAUGCGGUCUAAGAAAAAUGGGUGUUUGAAAUUAAUCGUGUAGGGAGCGUGCGCUCCUGCACCUAGAUCGUCUACAAGGACAAAUAAUGUGAUUGAAAAAUUGAAAUUGUAUCUAUUCUGCUACUACUUCUACUGGUAAUAUCUCUCGUGACAAAACAACAAUUAUCUCUUCUUGGUAUCAAAAUCUUCAACAAAUUCCAUCGACUUACUUACGAAAUUCUGACUUACUCACGAAACUGCAGAUGUCUGAUGUGAUGAUGAGAGAAUCGAAUGAGAUAUGAUGAUAGCAAGCUAGCAAAAGCAUGUAUUUAAUGAGAUAGAAAAAGAAGGGGCGAAGCGAAGAGUGGUCUUCAUUCUGUAUGUGUUGAAGACUGCGUCUUGAGGUCUGUGCACAAGCACAAGCUACUUUUUUUCAACUACGAGGACGAGGAGUC